AAUACAAACUAAUACAACAAUGAGCGACUUCGUUAUUUCUUUUAACAUUUAUGGAGAAUAUGACAACUUUGACGACUGGUAUGCUGCUGAAGAAAGAAAAAAUGUAAAUAAAACGGAGAAACGACACAAAGAGAUAACAUCGGGUGAAUUGAAUCAAAUAGAAGACGAAAAAGAUGAGAUCAACACGAAAAAAAAUACUAAAUGGGCAGUAAAUACACUCAGAGACUUUAUUGUUCAAAAAGAAAUGGACUCCAGCUUUGAAAAUUACACCGCUGCUGCUCUGAAUGAGACCCUGCGGGAGUUUUACGCAGCUGUCUAGACAACCAAGGCAGGAGGAGAGUACAGCGUUUCAAGCCUAAGGAGCCUGAGAGCCGGUAUCAAUCGCCAUAUAAGGGAAUUCAAUAUUAUAACUGACACCAGAUUCAUGACCUGUAAUGCUGUGUUUAAAGCAAUAAUUAAACGUUACAGAAAAAGCGGUAAAGAUACCAGCGUUCACCAUCCACGUAUUUCUGAGUCUGAUCUUGAAAUCAUAAAGAAUUCACCUGUACUGUCUCCCAAUACGCCCCUUGGCCUGGUCAGAAAAGUCUGGUUUGACAUCCAGCUGUGUUUGGCUCGGCGUGGCAGGGAGGGCAACCGGGAGCUCUCCAUGCAGUCUUUUAAAGUCCAGAGAGACGAGGAUGGGGUUGAGUUUGUCACCCUGGCUUACAAUCCGCACACCAAAAACCACAUCGAUCCGAAUGACCCAGAUAAGGAAAACUUCCGAGGUUUUAUGUUUGCCAGACCCGGGGAUCCGCUGUGUCCGGUAAAAAGUUUCACGUCCUAUGUGUCCAAAUGUCCAUCUGACGCAAAAGCUUUCUACCACCAUCCGAAGCGCACCGUGACAUCCGCUUCCGAAGUGUGGUACAGCCGGGAGCCGAUGGGUAUCCACUACCUCGGGAACAUGAUGAAAAAGAUCAGCGAAGAUGUGGUGGGCCUUUCGAAGGUCUACACUAACCACAGCCUCCGAAGCACCGCUGUAGGUCGACUCUCCGAUGCUGGACUGGAGAGCCGUCAAAUAAUGUCGGUGACAGGCCAUCGAUGCGAGAGCAGUCUGCGGGCUUACUGGGCUCCGUCAGUCCGUGAGAGACGAAGCUGGAGCAACAUACUGUCUGCAUCAAGUGCCCAUCAUGGGCAGUACCCAGCUUUUGUGGAUCCUCCUUCAAAGGCCCCUAUGUCUGACUUGCCGACUUUUUCAAAUUGCACUAUAAAUGGAAACGUUGAAAUUAAUUGUAAAUAAAAAAGCUAGCAUGUAGGCAAAUGACCCUGAUUAAUCUGAUUAAUUUAUUGCCCUCUAUAAGCGCAAAUCGCUGGAGCCAGAACUAAUUUUUUUUUUUUUUUUGAUUGUUGUUUGAUUAAUUGUUUUAUGUGUAAUAAAAAAAAUAACUAUGCCUACCUUUGUGUUUCAUGAAAAAAAAAAUGCAUUUUUCAACCUGAAGGGUUCUACAAGCUGAGCGGACUAUAAAUAUCUCCGGUUGCUAAAUAAACCGUCAGGCAAGUUAUUAUUUGUAAAAACUAGAGAUUUAGCCUAAUUAAAAUAUAAACUAAUGUUUUAAAAAUGUUUUAUUUGGCAAGUGACCAUGGUAUAAGCGGGUUAAUGCCCUUCGAGGUGUCCGUUGUAAGGUUUUAAUGGACUUCGGCGGAGGCAACCGUCCUCCGCUGCGCGUCGGCCGGUUUACACCUCGCCGUCGUCCAUUAAAACCUUACAACGGACACCUCGUCGGGCAUUAACCCUUACAUAUUU